CUUUCUCUCCAUUAAUGCCUAUUCAUCUUCAAUAAUAUCACUUCACCCAUCUGGAUCCACACUUUCUGGCCAAUUCAUACGAGUUACCACGUACAACUACAGCUAAUUUAUUCAUAUUGUUGUUAAUACGAAAUGGGUCAUCAUCAUAACAACCACCAUAGCCACCACCACUCCACCGCCACAGAUGGCGUUCCACAGCGGGUCAAUAGUCCACGAUUCUCUGGACCAAUGACUCGAAGAGCUCAUUCUUUUAAGAGGACCAAUAAUACUAACCAAAACGCCCAAAAUACUGGUAGUAGUAGUAGUAGUACUGCUACUUUGAAUACUCAUCAUGAGAUUGAUGUACCGCUUAACUCACCUAGAUCUGAAACCAAUGCGAAUAUUGCUGAUGGGUAUGAGAUUUUAGGAGAAAAGAAGCAUACCCAUUUGAGUAAUGUUAUCCAAAGGGUGCAUUUGAGGAAAAAAUUGGAAUCUUUGACUGUGGAUUUUGGGUUUGGAUUGGAAUUGAAAGGAAGGAAGAAGUUGGGGCACUGGAUGUUCUUGGUGUUUUGCGGGUUCUGCUUGUUUAUGGGUGUUCUCAAGUUUUGUGCCUAUGGAUGGUUUGGAUCUGCUAUUGAAAGAGUUGCGUACAGUCAGGAUUCAUAUGACUCACUGGUCAGUCAGCUACGUCUAAGGGAUCAAAGCACUCAUGCCUAUAGACAUAUGGAAGGAGAUACCAAACAUAGUGGAGAACGGAAUCAUUUGGAACAGACUCUAAAUAUGGUUGCAUCGGGUGUUGUUGGUAACCAGAAUAGCAUGCUAGAUUUUUCAGAAAUAUGGUUGAAGCCUAAUAGUGAAAAUUUCACUCAGUGCAUUGAGCGGACAAAGAGUCAGAAACUUGUAGAUGCAAAGACAAAUGGUUACCUUCUGAUAAAUGCAAAUGGUGGCUUAAAUCAGAUGAGAUUUGGGAUCUGUGAUAUGGUAGCUGUUGCUAAAAUCAUGAAGGCAACACUUGUACUUCCUUCUCUUGAUCAUACAUCCUACUGGGCGGAUGAAAGUGGCUUCAAAGAUCUUUUCAAUUGGCAGCACUUUAUUGAAACUCUAAAGGAUGACAUCCACAUUGUUGAGACAUUACCACCAGAAUUUGCUGGAACUGAGCCUUUCAACAAAACACCUAUAUCCUGGUCUAAGGUUAGUUACUAUAAAUCAGAGGUCCUCCCUCUACUGAAGCAGCACAAAGUAAUGUAUAUUACUCACACUGAUUCUCGGAUAGCCAACAAUGGGAUACCCAAUUCUAUUCAGAAGCUGAGAUGCCGUGUAAAUUACCAAGCAUUAAAAUACUCGGCCCCCAUUGAAACUUUGGGAAGGAUUUUGGUUUCGAGGAUGCGACAAGAUGGUAAUCCUUAUCUUGCUCUGCAUUUAAGAUACGAGAAGGAUAUGCUUGCUUUUACAGGCUGCAGUCAUAAUUUGACAGCAGAAGAGGAUGAAGAACUCCGUAGCAUGCGUUAUGAGGUUGGCCAUUGGAAGGAAAAGGAGAUCGAUGGUGCAGAAAGAAGAAAGCUUGGUGGUUGCCCGUUGACCCCCAGGGAGACUGCCCUUCUGCUUAAGGGGCUGGGAUUCCCAUCCAGUACGAGGAUUUACUUGGUGGCUGGUGAAGCAUAUGGGAAUGGAAGCAUGCAACCUCUUCUGGAGAAUUUCCCAAACAUCUUUUCCCAUUCAACUCUUUCAACAGAGGAGGAAUUGAACCCUUUCAAGAAUCACCAAAACAUGUUGGCUGGUUUGGACUAUGUUGUUGCUCUUCAGAGUGAUGUUUUUGUCUACACAUAUGAUGGAAAUAUGGCAAAGGCAGUGCAAGGUCAUAGGCGCUUUGAGAACUUCAAGAAGACUAUUAAUCCGGACAGGAUGAAUUUUGUGAAGCUAGUUGAUGAACUCGAUGAUGGUAUGAUCUCGUGGAAGAAGUUCAGCUCCAAAGUAAAAGAGCUUCACGAGACUCGUUCUGGGGCUCCUUAUAUGAGAGAGCCAGGUGAAUUCCCGAAGCUGGAAGAGAGCUUUUAUGCUAAUUCCCUUCCUGGCUGUAUAUGCGAGAAAACCCACAGAUAGCAAAGUUUGAACACAAAGUACGUAGUCUCUUGAUCCCCUUGGAGUUCAGCUUGGGACAUUAUGGGAGGUAUUGCCAUGCAUAUGUUUUAAGAGCAUGUGGAUCGAGUCUCUACUAAAGAAUUCAUCUCAUUGGGACUUCUCCCUGUUUAGAAACAGGUGACUUGUAUAUAUGCAGACCAUCAAGGUCAAAUUCAGCAUUUUGCUGCUGGUGCAGAGUUAAGUAUACCGUUCAACCAUACAAGACAUUAGACCUUUUGUUAAUUGGACAUUUUACACGAUAAUUUAUUGGCAAGGAGGAUGGUGCUGCCAAUAUCUACAUACGGCAGUGUAUGCACCGCACCCUGCAGAGCCAAAUGAUAAGUUUUGUGGGUGGUUGAUAUAGAAUGUAUUAUUUCUUGAGAUACAAAUGACCAAAUUACAUUGUUAAUCACACAUUUUUUCUGGCCUCCUUUCUAUUAAAUUGCUUGAGAUGA